AUGAGCUCGGGCCUUGACGACGACAACGACGACGUGCGCCACCGCUUCUUUGCAGCGUGUGCCAAGGGCGACGUGGCCACGGUGACCGAGACGCUCGCGCUCGGCGACGUCGACGUCAACGAGGUCGACGAAGAUGGCAACGGCGCGCUCCUGCUCGCGUGCAAAUACGGGCAGCUGGACGUCGCCCAGCUUCUUUUGCUGCAUCCGUGUGUCGAUGUGAACGCUUUCAACGACGCGGGCUACACGCCGCUGAUGGAAGCGGUCGAUGCGAGCCACCUCGCGCACGUCGCCGCGCUUCUCCAGCACCCAAGCAUCAACGUGGAGGCGACGGCGCCGGGCGGGUCGACCGCCCUCAUGCUCGCAUGCAUUCAAAACGAAGUCGAGAUUGUGGCGCAUCUACUCGCGUACCCCGAUAUUCAAGUUCACCACGGGCUCGAGCGCACGGGCAUCACACCGUUUAUGAUGGCGUGUUGCCAAAACAACAAGGACGUCGCGGCGCUCUUUGUGUCCCGACCCGGGUUUGACAUCAACGCGACCGCGCACGAGGGGAUCUGCGCCUUUAUGCUGGCCUGUGCCAGUGGCGCCGUCGACGUCGUGUGCUUCCUCCUCGCGCAGCCGCGUCUUCGUGUCAACCAAGUCGAUGCGAACUGCAGCACGGGGUUCCUACAAGCCUGCCGGCGCGGCCAGACGGCGGUCGUCGAGACGCUGGUCGCGCACCCGGCGACCGAUCUCCGCGCGACGACGCAGAACGGCUAUUCGGGGCUGCUACUGGCGUCGGACGGAGGACACAUGGACGUCGUCCGGCUGCUCUUGCCGCAUUCCGACAUCAACCUGGUCGAUGCGAGGGGCGUGUCAGUGCUCAUGUAUGCCGUGCAGCAAGGUCGGACCGAGAUUGUGUCGCUCCUCCUUGCGCAACCGGGGCUCGACGUCAACCGCACCGAUAGCACUGGACGCUCGGCCUUUCUGCAUGCAUGCGAACAAGGCCACGAAAAUAUUGUCACCCUCUUCGUCAACCACCCGAACGUCAACGUGCAGCAGCGUAGCCAGGACGGCUGCUCGGGCUUGGUGCUUGCGUGCGGCGCCGGCUGGCUCGGUGUCGUCGAGUGCCUCUUGAGCCAAGCAGCUAUCGACGUCUCGACGAAAACCGAGGGCGAGCCGACGCCAUGGCUUACCGCGUGCAGUGGCGGCCACGACGCCGUGCUCCGCUACCUUGUGCAAGCGCUGCCGACACUCGACAUCAACGAGACGGAUCGCGAUGGCAACUCGGGCCUCGUGCUGGCGAGUGCGAACGGGUAUCCCGCGACCGUCGACUUUCUCUUGGAUCUGCCGCAACUUGACGUUCAUCUUGCCAACCAGAUGCAGCAGUCGGCACUCCACGUCGCAUGUUCAAACGGCCACGACGCGAUCGUCGCACUGCUUUUGCCGCUCGUGUCGCCCGAGACGCUCAACGCGCCCGAUGAAGACGGCAUGACGCCACUCUUGCUCGCGAUCGCCGACAACCACGAUACGAUCGUGCUCCAGCUCUUGGCCGAGCCCACGAUCGACGUCAACGCGCCGGACGCCGAGGGGCGGACGCCUCUCAUGGCCGCGAGUCUCUUUGGCCAUGGCGAGAUUACGCUCGCCUUGCUACGGCACCCGCACGUGCGCAUCAACGCGCAGGACGAGGAAGGGUCGUCGGCGCUCUACUACGCGUCGGCCCUCGGGUUUGUCGACAUUGUCCAAGCACUGCUCGACGCGAACAAGGACAUUCAAGUCAAUGCCACGACGCUGACGGGGAUGACGCCGCUCAUGGCCGCCAUGGACCGCGACCACGACCGCGUGAUCGCGACGCUCCUCAAGCACCCCGACAUUGAUGUACCCGAGACCGCUGCCAAGCUCGACCCUGCGCAAGCCCCGUAAUAAGC